AUGGCCUUUCUACAAUUAUCUUCUGAAGUCUGUCACCCAUUCAUCAUCCCAAACUUGUCCCCAUUAUCCACCCCAUCCACAAGGAAAAACUCCGACUCGGUCGAUCUAGCAACUGCGGCUGCCGUCUCCACAACAACACGUCCAAGAAAGGACUCCCUCACCCUGUUAUAA